AAAUUCGGGAUUUCCAGCCCUUCUGGGCUCCCAAAAAGCGGCGACUGGGAGCCCGAAUGUCCCGAAAUUUGGGGUCUCGCCCCCCCUUUCCCCCCCCUUUCCCCCCCCAGAGCCGCCACCAGCGGCGGGAACGCGCCGUGGCGCGGGAGCGCGCGGAGCGCGAGUUCGGCACCGUCCCGCACUCGUUCGUGUUCCCGCGGGGCAGAGUCGGGAGGAGCCUGCGGGGGCUCGGGCAGGACCUGCGGAGGGUCAUGGAGCCCUACACGGCCCGCGCGCUGCAGGUCCGGAAGAACAAUUCCCUGCGGGACCUGGUGGCCGUGGCCGGGCCUUUGGGGGUCUCCCAUUUCCUGGUGCUCAGCAAGACCCCCACCAGCAUCAACCUGAAGCUUUUCCGGCUCCCAGGGGGUCCCACCCUGACCUUCAAAGUGCUGCAGUAUUCCCUGAUCCGGGACGUGGUCUCUGCUCUCCGGAGGCACCGGAUGCACGAGCAGCAGUUCUCCCACCCCCCUCUCCUGGUGCUCAGCAACUUCGGGCUCCCCCAGAUCCACGUCAAGCUCAUGGCCGGGAUGUUCCAGGGGAUGUUCCCGGCCCUCAACGUCCACAGGGUCAAUCUCAACUCCAUCCGUCGCUGUUUGCUCCUCACCUUCGACUCGGAGUCGCAGCUCCUGGAAUUCCGGCACUACAGUGUGAAGGUGGUUCCCGUGGGGGUCAGUCGGGGGCUCCGGAAGCUUCUCCAGGAGAAAUUCCCGAACCUCAGUCGGCUCCAGGACGUCAGUGACCUGCUCCUGGGGGAGGUGGCCCUGUCGGAGAGCGAGGCCGAGCAGGACGGGACCCACAACGUGCUGGAGCUGCCCCAGGACUGCGCCGGGAGGGGCAACCAGGGGGGCCAGCAGAGCGCUGUGAGGCUGACUGAGAUCGGGCCUCGCCUGACGCUGCAGUUGGUGAAGGUGGAGGAGGGGCUGGGCCAGGGCAGCGUCCUGUACCACGGGCUGGUGCACAGGUCGGAGGAGGAGCUGCAGCGGCUGCAGCAGCGCCGGGAGCAGAAGCUGCAGCUCAAGGCCCAGCGGAGGCGGAAACAGGAGCAGGACCUGGAGAGGAAACGGCACCUGAGGCACCUGAACAGGGAGCGCAGCCUGGCCGGGAUGCGACGCCGGCAGGGCCAGGCCGGGACAGGUGACGGUGCCAGGACAGGUGACAAGGAGGGUGACAGCGACGUCGAGGACCCCGGCGCACCUGAGCCAGGUGUGGCCACGCCCUCGGAGGACGAGGACGACGCCGAGUACUACAGACAGGAGGUGGGGGAGGAGCCCGACACAGAUUUGUUCCCCACCAAGAGGAAACGAAGCCCCUCGGGCGCUUCCCGACCCCGGAAACGGCGGAGGCAGAGCCGGGAGACCCCGAAAUCCCACCCAAACACCCCCAAAUCCCACAGAAACAACCCCAAAUCCCACCCAAACACCCCCAAAUCCCACAGAAACAACCCCAAAUCCCACCCAGGACACCCCAAAUCCCACAGAAACACCCCCAAAUCCCACCCAAACAACCCCAAAUCCCACCCAGGACAUCCCAAAUCCCACAAAACCACCCCAAAAUCCCACCUGGGGACCCCCAAAUCCCACCCAGGGACCCCAAAAUCCCACCCAAAAAAACCCAAAUCCCACAAAAACACCCCUAAAUCCCACCCGGGACCCCCCAGAUCCCACCCAAAGAACCCCAAGUGCCACAACCCCCCCCCAAAAUCCCGCCCAGGACCCCCCAAAUCCCAUAAAACCCCCCCAAAAUCCCAUAACCCCCCCCCAAAAUCCCACCCCAGGCCGAAGGUUCGGGGGCAGCUCCUGGGGAGGAGGAAAACCGGGAUUUUCCAACGUCCUGGAAGGGCCAGAAAGGGGAAAAAGCCCUCCUCCAAUGGGGAGGCGCGUUGCUGGGGGGUUUGCCCGGCGGGUGGCGGCGGCGGCGGGGCCAAGAUGGCGGCGGCGGUGUCGGGGAGCGGGCCCGGAGCGGGGCCCGGGCGGGAGCCCCGAGCGGCGCCCGAGGAAGGGCCGGCGGGGCCCGGGCGGGAGCCCCGAGCGGGGCCCGAAGAGCCGCCGGCGGGGCCCGGGCGCGCCCCCGAGGAGGAGCUGCCGCCGCUCCCCCCCGCCGAGGUGCGGAGCCGCCUGGAGCGCAGCGCGAGGCAGUUCCGCAACCGGCGGAAGGUGCUGAUCAGGGGGUUACCGCCCGACGUGACCAACCAGGAGGUCCACGACCUGCUGAGUGACUACGAGCUCAAGUAUUGCUUCGUGGACAAGUACAAAGGAACGGCCUUCGUGACCCUGCUGACGGCCGACCAGGCCGACUCCGCCGUGCGUCGCUUCCACGGCUCCCGGCUGCGGGAUCGGGAGCUGCGGGUGCAGCUGCAGCCCCCGGACUCGCUGCUGUGCGUGGCCAACCUGCCGCGGCUGCUGUCGCAGCAGCACUUCGAGGAGCUGGUGCGGCCCUUCGGGAACGUGGAGCGCUGUUUCCUGGUGUACAGCGAGCGGACGGGCCAUUCCAAAGGGUACGGGUUCGUGGAGUACAUGAAGAAGGACUCGGCGGCCCGGGCCAAGUCGGCGCUGCUGGGCCGGCGCCUGGGCACCAGGAGCCUCUUCGUGCACUGGGUGGAGUCGGCCCAGCCCGGCCCGGAGCUGCUCCACUCCCGCUGCCUCUGCGUGGAGAAGCUGCCCCACAACUUCAGCGACCUGGACAGGCUGCGAGGGGUCUUCGGGGCCAUCCGGGAGCCCACCUUCUGUCAGCUGGCCUACGGCCAGGACGGGGCCCUGAAGGGCUUUGCUGUCCUGGAACUGGAGUCCCCGGAAUGGGCCGAGCGAGUCCAGGAGGCCACGGACGGGAUCCCCCUGGCCGGGAACCACAUCCGGGUGUCCUUCUGUGCCCCCGGCCCCCCCGGCAGGAGCACCCUGGCCGCCCUCAUCGCCGCCCAGGCCACGGCCCUGAACCGCGGGAAGGGGCUGCUUCCCGAGCCCAGCAUCCUGCAGAUCCUGCAGAGCCUCGGGAAUCCCACGUCCCUGCAGCUCCUGCUGCCCGCCCUGCUGCACCCCGGGAAGCAGGCAGGAAUUCUGGGAGCUGCCCCUUCCCUGCCCCUGGUGCCCAGCCCGGCCCUUCCCACGGCGCUGCUCCAGCUGGCCCUGCACGGCCAUUCCCAGAAGCCGGGAAUUCUGGGCGAGUCCCCGCUGGGCUCCCUCCCCCUGGGCCUGGCCCCGGCCCAGCCCCCCGGGAAGCUCCUGGCAGACAUUCCUGCAGGAGGGCCCCUGCCCGGGGACCUGGCGGGGGGCCCCGGCAAAUCCCCCGGCAUUCCCGCCGGGAACGCGGCCCUGGCGUCCUUCCUGGCCCAGGUGGGGGCGGAGCGGGACAAGCUGGGAACGGGAGCGGGAGCAGCCGGGACCCCCCCGGGACCCCCCCCCGGGCUGGGACACGGAGCUGCCAUUCCCAAAUCCAAGGGGGAGGUGUCGCUGCUGGGGGAGCCCCCCAAGGAGUUCCAGCUGCCCCUCAACCCCUUCCUGAACCUGCGGAGCCUCCUGCCCGGCCCGGGAGCUGCUUCCAAAGGGUUCCAGGGCAAACCCGGGGCCCUGGGGGGUCCCUCAGCCCCCCCCCGGGUCCCCCCCAGCGACCCCCCCCUGCUGCCCCCCCCCUCCGGAGACGCCUUCGGCUUCGACUUCCAGCCGGUGGGUCGGGAAUUUGGGCUGAGAUCCAGGGAAUUGGGGUGAGAUCCAGGGAUUUGGGAGUGAGAUCCAGGGAUUUGGGGUGAGAUCCAGGGAUUUGGGGUGAGAUCCAGGGAUUUGGGGUGAGAUCCAGGGAUUUGGGGUGAGAUCCAGGGAUUUGGGCUGAGAUCCAGGGAUUUGGGGUGAGAUCCAGGGAUUUGGG